AUGUAUGAAGUGAGAUUAGACGUCGAAGAUAAGAUACUAACAGGAGGAAUAGGAAACACUGAGGCGUUUCCGAAGGACUGGCUGAUGCUGUACCGGUGGGGAAAACGUCGGAAGGGCGAGAAACAGAAGACGGCAGACGGCUACGAGGUCGACCAUGUAACUGUUGGGGGCCGAACAGCCUGUUAUGUCCCUGCUCUUCAGAAGAAAUCAGCCUCGUCUCUUAGCGAGUCUACUGCUUCGAAACUGUCAAAAACCAAAGUGAAAUCAGAAACCUCAGAACCUGCUAAACCCACGAAAGCCAAGUCUCCCAAGAGCCGAGCCAAGAAACCCAAAGUCGAAGAAGAGUCGGGCGACAACCUCGACGACGACGGCGAAGAAGCACAUCCGCCAGCUAAAAAGGGCAGAACCACCCGACGAAGCCAGCGAAACAAUUUAUAA